UGUUCCAUUUUUAUACAUGUCCAUACAUACUCUAUAUUUGUUUCAAUAUUACUGGUACUCUAUAUUUAGUAAGCCGUCUGCUACAUUCGAAAUGUAUAUUAACAAUUUAAAAAACAACACCGUCUCUCGUAAUCACGAAUUUCGCCGUGCUAAGCUUACCCAUCGUCAGGUCGGCCAUUCUCGUUUCCUCCUUUUCGUUUGUUCUUAUACAUGUAUAGUAUUAUAAAUGUACGCGGUGCGUGUUUGCAUUGCGGUUUAUUUACUCCAUUUUCGGACCGUCAUCGAGUGAAGUGCUACUGCUGCUGCUGAUCAGUGGCAAUGCACUGUAAAUGAAGCUAGUUGACAACAACAGUAACGAUCACCGAGAAACAUUUUACUUUUUAACCCUUGCGAGACGCCGCGGUCAAACGACGGUCGCCGCCAAUGCUGUUGGGGUGCUUGUUGAAAGUAUGAACCACUAUUUCCACUGUUAUUAUUACUACUAUUUCUGCACAAGACUGUAGUUAAUCCGACAAUAGUGAUGACUGAAUGGAAAUCUAGAUCGUUACCUAGCAAUUUUGAAAUACUUUCUCUGUCAAACGUACCAGUUGGUCCGUCUUGUUUGCGUUCAAAUUCUAAGAAGACAUAUAUCAGUCGUAAUGUAUCCUUUCCGGACGACGAAAGUCAGAUCGUUACUGGCGUACUUGAAACCUUGCAUCCUUGGGAAUCCAUGGAAAACGUAACUGUUGAAUUACUUACUACGAAAUAUAAAGAAUCGUGUGAACGACACAACACUAAUCCACUUUACACUGUUCUUAAUCAAAUAAAAUCUAUUGUUCCUAAUCUUGAAAGGAAUGAAUGUCUUGAACUAAAAGGUGUUUAUUUAAACAAUGUUGAUUGGGAAAGCUUGGAAGAAAUUUUUAAAAGAGUUCAGUUUAAAACUAUUAAUGUCGAAGCAACAGGAUUAAAUGAUGAUACAGCAAUUGCAUUGUUUGAUAUGUUAGAUUUUUAUGAAUCAGCUAUUUGUUUAAAUAUAUCAUCUAAUAAUGAUAUUGGCACUCGGGGAUGGCAAGCUUGUGCUCGAACAUUAAGAAAGUCAAAAUGUUUACAACAAUUAGAAGCAAGAAAUACUAUACUUAGCGAAUCAAAUAUGACUACAUUAGGUCGUUCAUUAAAAUUUGGUUCACAGUUAUGCGUUUUAAAACUUGAAAAUUGUAAUUUGGCUGACCGACCAUUAACAUCUUUAGUUUCUUCAAUUAAAUUUAAUUUCUCGUUAAAAGAACUUUAUUUGGGUGAAAAUUAUUUAAAUGAAAAUGAUGCAAAACAACUUUCAAUUUUAUUGAAAUGUAACACCACAUUGCAGUUGUUGGAUUUAAGCAAUAAUAAUAUUCAAAAUAAAGGUUUUAAAUUAUUAUGUGAGAGUAUUGUAGAUCAUAAUUCUCCAUUGACUAUUUUAAUUGUAUGGAAUAAUAAUUUGGAUCAAGAAUGUUCAGAAUGUUUGGCAAAUUUGAUGAAAGCGGAAACAAAAUUAGAAAUGCUCAAUAUUGGCUUUAAUUGUUUACUUGAUACCACAGCUAGUGCUAUCCAAAUACCAAUGCAAAAUAAUAAAAAUUUAAUACGCUUAGGAUUACAGAGCACUCAAAUUACUUGUAAAGGAGCUAAGAACUUAGCAGAAGCACUUGAAACCAACAUUUCAUUACAAAGAUUAGAUUUACGUGAUAAUAAUAUUGACAUUGAAGGGCUAAGAAAUUUGAAAGAGUCCAUUUCAAAGAAUUGUAGAAUUACACGCCUAGAUUUAGAUCCUGUACCACGUAACAAAUAUUCAACUGAAGCAACUAGGGAGUAUACAAAUUUAGUUGAAAAGAUCAAACAAAUGUGUACAGAAAAUGAAAGUAAACAUUUGAGUAAACAAGUUGAUGACAAUCUACUGGACUAUAUUACAGAUGAUUCUAAUGUAACAAAAGCUAUCAAAAUACCUAAUGUUGAUUCUAGAAAGAUAUCUCUAACAUGUGAAUCAUUAAUGAUGCAGUAUACUUCACACAAAAAUCCCAAUUUCCUUGGUUCAGAUGAUUACUUACCUAUUUUACGAGGAAGUAGUGGUAGACUAAGAAGUCCUGCUCCAAGUCCCAUUCACAGUCCAAUAGCCAGUAGUCCAAUGUGCAGUCCUUCAAUAACAUCUACACGUAAUCGUUUUCAUGUAUCAAAAGUCUCUGAACAAAAACAAAAAGAAAGUCGAUUUAAAGUGACCAAAUUAAAUAAUUUAAAUGAUAAAGCGCCUACAGCCAGUAAUGAAUCAUUAUCAGAUGAUUCAUUUGGGCCUACUAAUUUAGAACUUGCUGUGGAUAGUUUGGAUUUAUGCAAACAAAAAAAUGAGUCUAAGAAAAAAGAUCAACGAACUAGAAAAGUAUCUUGGGUAAUGGGCUCUCGUCCCUUGUUGACAUCAUUGCAAAACAUUACUUCAAGUUUGGAUCAAGCCACCUCAACAGGAGUUGAUAAACUCCUCAGUUUAUUUAGUCCUUUUUCAAGUGCAGACAAGACUUCAGCAUCCAUUGAUACUGUAGAAUCAAAUGAUUCUGUUUUUGAACAAGAUCCUGAAUCAAAAAAACCAGUUACACUUGAUCAAGCAACAUGGCCACCAGUUUUUGGUAGCUUAAAGAAAACCACUUCAAUCUGUAGACCUCUAUCUGAUAAAGGUAGACGUAGUUUAAAUGAUUUGCGUACUUUUUGAACUCUUAAAAGUUGAUGACCAUAGAUAGCCCUUUUACAAGAGAAGAAAAUACAUUCGUGUUAAUUUUUACUAUAAGGUCUUCUUAUCACACGCAAAUCUCGUUUACAGUAGUACCUUUUACAAACUACAUUGUGAUUCACAAGCACAUCAGUACAAAUUUUGUUUUAAUCAUUGUUGAACAAUUUAUAAAUAUUUAUGGAAUUGUUUUUAGUUAUUAGUACUAUAAAUAUAGUUUUUACACUCCUUUUAACCAUUCUACAGGACUACUGUAUCGAGGCUACACACUGAUUACACAAUUAUUGAUUACAUUAUCAGAUGUUAUGUAAUACUUUAAAACAUUUAACCUUUAAAUAUUAAUUUGAAUCAUUGAA